GCACCGUAUGUGAACUGUAAAGGAAGCUGGCAGUUUAUGUUAUUGAUAUUAGCGACAGUAGAUUUUUGAAGCGAGUAGUUGCGCUCUUUAGAUACAUUUCAAGAUAACAUUAAACGCGCACAAUGGCUGAGAAGAUGGAUAUGGAGGGAGGGAAGGCGUCCAACGGCGAGGCGCACCUCGAUAGCCACAGGAAGAGCAGCCCGGAGCCGCUGUCCCAGCGGGUGAAGAGGAUAGUGAUGGCCAACUUGCUGGUGAUUCUCACUGUGGCUGGUGUCAUCAUAGGUGUUUUAAUUGGACUUGGUGUGCGCAACGUGGCGCUGACCCGGACCCAGGUAAUCUACAUCGGGUUCCCCGGUGAGCUGCUCAUCCGGCUGCUGAAGAUGAUCAUCAUCCCCCUGGUCGUGUGCAGUCUAGUGUCCGGGGCGGCCAGCAUUGACCCUAAAGCCCUGGGCAAACUUGGCGGCUGGGCUAUGCUCUUCUUCCUGGUCACCACCUUAAUUGCGUCAGCCAUUGGGGUUGUGAUGGCUUUCAUCUUACAGCCUGGGUCUGUGUCAGCCAAACCGAACGUGCAUGACUUGGAUGGUGACGUGCCCGCCGCCAAAGAAGUGAUAGACUCUUUCUUAGAUUUGGUCAGAAAUAUAUUUCCCUCCAACCUGGUGUCUGCUGCCUUUCAAUCAUAUGCAACCAGCUACAAACUGGUUACCAAGAAUGGCACUGAUGGAAACCCCAAUGUCACAGUGGAGAAGGUGCCCUUUGGAAAAGACCAGGAUGGCAUGAAUAUUCUUGGUCUGGUAGUGUUUGCCAUUGUGUUUGGUGUGGCUUUGAGGAAGCUGGGAGAGGAAGGGGAGAUCCUCAUCAAGUUCUUCAACUCCUUCAAUGAGGCCACCAUGGUGCUGGUCUCCUGGAUCAUGUGGUAUGCCCCUCUUGGUAUCAUGUUCCUUGUAGCUAGCAAGAUUGUCGAGAUGGAGGAUGUUGGGACACUCUUUGCCAGUUUGGGGAAAUAUAUAGCCUGCUGUAUGAUCGGACAUGCCAUCCAUGGCUUUCUUGUGCUGCCUGCCAUUUACUUUAUCAUCACAAGGAAGAACCCAUACACCUUCCUCUGGGGAAUAUUCACAGCUCUGGCAACAGCCUUCGGAACAAGCUCCAGCUCUGCCACUCUGCCCCUGAUGAUGAAAUGUGUGGAAGAAAAUAAUGGUGUGUCCAAGCACAUUAGCCGUUUUAUCCUGCCCAUCGGCGCGACGGUCAACAUGGACGGAGCUGCUCUCUUCCAGUGUGUGGCUGCUGUUUUCAUCGCUCAGCUGAACAAAACUUCCCUUAACUUCAUCCAAGUCAUUACCAUCCUUGUGACAGCUACAGCAUCCAGUGUUGGAGCAGCAGGUAUACCUGCUGGGGGUGUGUUGACUCUAGCUAUCAUCCUGGAGGCCGUAGGGCUGCCCACCAAUGACAUAUCUCUCAUCCUGGCUGUCGACUGGCUUGUUGACCGUACCUGCACAGUGCUGAAUGUAGAGGGCGAUGCCUUUGGGGCCGGGCUCUUGCAAUACUUCGUGGACCGCACGUCCAAACAAGAGGAAGGAGCAGAACUGAGCGAGGUCAGGCUGGAGGGCGACCAAUCAGCUGCUGCCCCCGAGCACUCGCCGCUCAUUGAGAAGCGAGGUGGGAAGGACAGUGCAGAAACAGUUUUGUCCGAGUCUGUCAUGUAAUCCAGCUGCUGACAUCACUGACCCUCUCACUUGUUUGACACCCCUGCCAGCCAAAACCUGAAGUUCAAGCCUCCCUUUUUUUUCCCCCCCUGCCCUGAAGAAACUGUUGCAUGGAGAGAGGAUGAAUAUGCACAGUAUUUAUAAAAUACAAAGAGAAGCACUCUGUCAACACUUUUCUGUGCGGGAAGCAAAAAAGUCGAGGGGUGGGGUGAGGGGAUUCAAAAUCCAUACUAUGCUCAGUGACUUUUUGUUUUCUUUUUGAAGGACAAUAUUAUGCAUUAGUCUGGCUACUGUGUUGAGACUGUUUCAUUUGGCCGAUCCUCAUUCAUUUUAAAGUCAGAAUUUUAUCAUGCGACCAAGUUGGAUAAAUCAGUGGUUCAUCAGUCACAACUAAGUUUAUCAUGUGACCAAUAUAAACAUCCACUGCAGUGUCAAGAGGCUGGCCUAUUGACCCCUGCAAGAUGUAGUAAUGGCCGAUCUAAUGUUACACAGAAAGAAGAAAUGUUACAUUCAUUUGAGAAAUGGAAGUGGCCCACUGGCACCAAUUUAUAUAAAUAGAACCUGCAUAAGUGACCUGGAAGUAUUUACCACUCCCUGGUGGAAAGCAUGAAAAGUUCCGACUUUAAAAGUUCACGAGGACCACCAUACAGCUUGCUGCACCCAGCAAGACAAUACAGUUUUUACAUUAACCUUCUGGAAUCCAUUACCAUCCAAAUGUUUCUUACCAUCACCAAUUUAUUAUUUUUUUGCCCUUUUCUGUUUCCCAUACAGAAAAAAGAUCCUAUGUUGUAAAAUCUAUCAUUAUCUGCUUUGAAUACAUUGUUUGUGUAUUUUAUCAUGCAUGAUUAUGGCCACUUUCAUGCAGACUUCUUCUAAAGUAUUUUAAACUUUAUUUCUUGGAUAUGAUUUGGCAUAUGGAACAGUAGUUAGACUGUUUUCCAUAUACUGUGCAUGAAAACAGCUGUGAUUAUGGAUAUCAUUUUUUUUUCUUUUUUUUUUGGUUCCUUUGGUGAGAGAAGGCAAAAGGGCUGUACAACCUGUUCUCAAGACUAUAUUUUUUAUUCUGAAGCACACCAAAUGAAAUAAUAUCCUCAAUGUCCCAAAGCUGAAUGAUGGAACUUUUUCUAAAGGAUAUGUCAACAUGCAUGGACACAGAUCUCCAAGCAUUUCUGCCUCCUGAAAUGGACAUGGAAAUGGACAUCUGUGUGAUGGCAGGCAACAUAACCUCAGGUUUAACUAUGACUUGAAGAUGGUCCUUUAACUGCUCCUAAUCUUCUGCGACCAAAAAUCACACCGACUCAGCAAACAAGAACAGAGACAGUUUAACUCCUGAAAACGUUGAAUGACAUUUCCAGGGAGAUAUGAUGUUGUUUUUUUUUGAUCUCACAUUUUAAUAAUGCUGCUCUGUAUAGGUCCCAGCAUUUUAACAAAAGCACAAGAAGGAUUCAAAGGACAGUAUGAUGUGACUAGAAGGACAUUUAGUUUGAUGUUGUGUAUAAAGUGUGGUGUGAGUACACGCGAUGUGUAAGCAGUAGGUGACUUGUUAAUUUUUAACAGAGGGUACUGACCCGGAUCCUUUCUUUCACCUCCGACUAGCAAACUCCCACCCAAUGCUAAAUUGUCUUAAGAAUAUUAUAGCUCCAAGACAAAACUGACGGGCGACAAGUCACAAUUACAGAUCUGUCUGCUACUUCAGCACUACAGACACCUCCAUGGAUUUGUCAAAGCACAGCAAACUUAAGCUAAUGAUAUUUCAGAGCCAUGGUCGGGGCCAUAGAUUCCAACUUGCACAAGCCCUCAGUCGGAUAGAGGAUCAGUUAACUGCUCUGCUCUCUGCUAUUAGGUGGGUGGAUAGAGAUGAUGCAUUUUGCUAACAAAGGGCAUGGCGUCCUCCCUCAAAUCGCCUACUGUGUCUAAGUAAAAGUCCUUCCACUACAAGGAUGUCUCUACAUUUUCAGAAUAAAACCGUUGAAGCCUAAACCCUAAAGUACUCGAGGCAUGCUUACUUUCACUUAACUUAAACCUAUUUAUGUGUUAGAUGUAAUGGCCAUGGACAUGAAAAACGAAUACUAUAGGCUUCAGGCCUCCUUGUACGUCAUUGAUGCCUCUGAUACUUUUUUGUUAAAAUUUAUAUUUAUUACCGUAAUCAAAAUCCAAAGAAAAUGUUUUGACAUGUUGUUAACACAAAAUUUAAUGAUUUCUCUCAAAUUGGAUCUUCGAGUCUUUUUGUAAAAACUGGGUAAUUAUUGUUUUGUUUAAGUUUUAGAACUAUUGUUAACUUUUUCUUGGUUUAUUUUAAACGUGUGGACUGUGCAUGUACAAGAUGCUUCCAUUUGGUGAUAUUUUUUUUUUCUUUUGCAGUUUGGCUGUGGGCAUUUUGAAAACUUCAAGACUUGAGACUUUAGAGAAUGUGUGGUGUAGUAAUGAGAUGUAUUUGUUGUAUCCUGGAGGGAUAAUGUCUAUUUUCCAAUGCAACACACAUCAUGUGCAAUUAACUGCACAGUUGCACUAUUGAAUGUUUUAUCGCUUCCAUCCAUAUCAUAUUUUACCUGUUUAAAGCUCUACCAAAUGACUACGGAAUAUUCUAUUUAUGUUAUAUACAAAAUGUAUGCAGUGGGUUAAAGUCUGUAUUCUUAAUCAGCUUUAUAAUGGGCUACCUUCUGCAGCAUUACCAAUGAAAUUGUUGCAGUCCUGAGGUCUCAACUUCUACAGUCUUAUAGAUCAUGAGUGCAAAAAUGCUAACUGCCUCAAAACAAGCUAUUGUGCUUCAGUUUCUACUUAUUGCCUUUUUGGUGCAAGGUUGUAAAUAUAACAUUCCUUUCUGAGAUCUUUCACCAUAUGGAUGUCUGUCUGGUUCAGAAUAUUUGUGGUGUUUGUAUGCACACGGUAGAAACUGAUUUUAUUAAAGUAGGUCUCCCUUUCAAAAACAAUGAUCAGGAAGUCUGAAUCUAGUAUCUUUAGGUUUUAAACAAUAAAGUCUUUUGUAUUUG